CUCAGUUGAAUCAGUUGAGAUGUCAUGAUUACAAGUGUUAAGUCGCCAUAUUUGUUUAAGUGAAACUUGAUUGUGAACUCUAAAUCAUAAACUCUACAUUGAAGUGAUCAGUAAACAUUUUAUUUCAAUGUGUUGAGUCCAUUACCAUAAUCUGUGAUAUUAGUAUAAGAUAGCUAUAAUCUGUAUAUAAAUCGCAAAUCAAAAUGGUGAGUGAGGAUGUUAAGGCGUACGUAUCAAGUCUCGCGGACCUCACGUUCAACAGCAAACCUCUCAUCAAUAUGUUAACCAUGCUUGCUGACGAAAACGUUGCUCAUGCAGCUGAAAUCGUAGAUGUGGUGGAAGAUCAUCUCGCUAAGGUGAAAACUGAUGUGAAAUUACCCGUUCUCUAUCUCAUCGAUUGCAUCGUCAAGAAUGUUGGAGGCCCUUACAACGAAUUAUUUAGUCGUAAUAUUGUUGCUACAUUUUGCAACGUAUUCAGAGUGGUGGAUGAGAAGACGCGAGCUGAAAUGUUCAAAUUGCGACAAACAUGGAAUGAAGUUUUCUCUCCAAAAAAGCUGUAUGCUAUUGACGUGCAGAUAAGAGUUUUAGAUCCUGCUUGGCCAGUUACAGCUCCAGUACCAAAAAAUUGUAUUCACCUCAAUCCUAAAUUUUUGAAGAAUACUUCGGGUGCAAAUCCAAAUCAAAGCUCAUCCCCAGUGAUACCCAAUAUUCCCGCAAAUACAAAUCCUACUACUCUGGAUAUGCAGCAGCAGUUAAUUCAGAAACAGAAAGAACUUCUGGAAUUACAGCAAAAGAAGUUGGAAUUGGAAUUAUUACAAACGAAAGUUCGGCUGAGGGAGCAAAUAAGUGCAAAUACUGUUCCAGGAGCAUCAACAAUCCUACCUCAAAAUGUUCUGUUGAAACCAGAAGUGGCGAAACAGCUUCUUUCUCCUAGUAAUUUAAGGACAGUCGCAGACAAUGUCCAAAUUAGUAUGCCUUCAAAAAUACCAAACUUAGAUACUUCAAAGUCAUCGUUUAACAAUGUUUCAGGCACGAAAAACCAAAGAAUGCAAUUUCAAACGGCCAAUAGUGGUCCUAAAAUACAGCCUGCAAAUAGUGCCCUGGUAGCUGCUGCUAUUAACCGACCCAUAAGAGAUCCAAGACUACUGAGGCAACAGCAGAAUCAACAGAUGCAAGAGAAACAAACUCUUAAUACUGCUAAUACCAAUGUUCAAAUAGAAAAUAAAAACAAUUCAGAAACAUCAAAUAAAAUUGUUAACAGUAAAACAAGUGUUCGAGACAUUCAAAAAGAUCCUCGACUAAAAAAUAUUGAUAACGCCCCACCCCAAAAAUUCACUGAUGUGAAUAAACCCAAAUCCAAACUCUCACCCAAAUCAAAAUCUGACCGAAACCAAACUAGAUCAUCUCGCCUUAAAAAUCAGUCGGAUGAUCCAAAACUAUCUUCUAAAAGUACUUCUAAUGCAUCCCUUGAUUCUCCUAAAAAGUCCAAAUCAGAUAAAUCAUCCCCUUCAAAGAGCCAAUCUAGCCGCAGCAGUAGAAAGGAAGUGACGUCUCCGAAAUCCAAAUUAUUCAGAUCGGCGAGAGAAGCCAAGAUCUCGAAAAGUGAUACCGCUCUGCCUGUCUUCAAAGAUGUGAAGAAUAGUAAGAAUAGGAACUACGUGAGAAGAAACCGAUCCCCUCAGUUCAGUCCAGAGAUAUCAUCGCAAGAUAUUGAUCUUAGAUUGAAUGGCCCUCCCGAGAAGCAACUCAGACUUGCAUCAGCAUCGGAAACAAGUAUUCCACAAGUCCUCCCUGAAGAUCCAGCUACAUCGUCAGCCGCAAUGAUGGAUGUCGAUUUGAGGCAAUUGCCACCAGCUAUUGGAAAGAAGAGGGCUUCUUUAGAUUCGUUGGAAGUAGUUCCCAAUAAGAAAACUAGAACUGAAAUAUUUGAUGAAUUAUUCGGCAAUGAAGAUACGGACUUGAGAAAGUUCACCGUCCCUACGCCAGACAGACCGCCCACGCCACCACCUCCAAUUAUUUCUUCAUCUGAUGUCGUUGUCGAACCGCAAAAGGAACCUCAACAGCCCAAAUCAGAUCUCCAAACCGUUAGAGCCAAAUUGGCUGCGAAUCUGAAGAAAUCCAAUUCUCCGUUGAAGCGAAGAACAGAAGAUGAAGAUCUGAGGAUGAGUCAAGUUUCUUCUUCAACUGACAUUUCCAAUAAAAUCAUAAUAUCGAAAGCGGAGGGAGAAAAGAUAAAGGAAGGUGGAAUGAAUUCAGUUCAGCAGAAACAACUCAUGAACAAGAUCAUUGCUCAGAUAGAGGCUCAAAAAUUGAAAGAAGCUAAACAGAAGAAUUUCGAAGAAAAUGCUGGCAAUAUAUCUCUCACACCUAUCAGUGACGAUGAACUGGAUACAGACUUCAAUGAGGAAAAUAAUAGAUCCAGGAAGGAAAGUCCAGUGCCUGGUUCCGUUUCCUUUGGUGAUAAAGAUGAGAGAGUCCUUCUGCCACAACCUGUGGUAUCUCAACCGGACGAUGCCUUCAACAAACGUUUCGGGAGGGAAAUUAGAAGAGGUGUCCCACUUUGGAGAGGGGCAAGAGGUAGGAGACACUGGGAAGCGCCACACCCAAGACCGCCCAUGAGGCCCUGGAUGCAGCAGCCUCCCAUGAAUAAAUGGGGUCCUGGAAUGUUCAGACCUCCCUUCCCUGAGAUGGAACCAAGUGACAGACGUUCUCCAGACGGUCCUAACGAUAUCAUCAUCGAAUCGGCUAGUCAGGAAGACAUCAAAACAAUCACAAUUGAUGGAUUGCCAAGGGACAUCCGGUAUUACGAUGAGGUGGCUAUUAUUUUCAUGAACUGGGAUGAUCCCCGUGAAAUAUCAUUCCAAGAUGGUACGAGACGCGUUAUUUUCAACGAUACCGACAUGUACAUGAUGAAUUUCAACGAACCGUAUCGGGAACUGAGGAUAGGAGAAAGUUUACAUCAAGUGAGGUUGGGUGGCCCCAGUCGGGAAAUUUAUAUCGACUACAAGCCUUACGAGUGUUACUUUGGAGGUCCGGGCAUAACUAUAGAUUUAAACGGAAAGGUAACAUCCGUAAAACUUGACGGUCCCCCUCCUCAAGUCAAAAUAGGAGAAAGCCGUACAGAUUUAGUUGCCGGAAAAAUCAAGCUUAUAAUUGACGCGAAGACAAUAAUUCCAAUCUUUCUGGACUCCAGAGUGCAAACGUUCAAUUACAACGGGGAACGGCACACAGUGCAAUUCCUACCCGGACUCAAGAGCGUGUUGAUCAACAAUGAAAAUUUCGACGUUCAGUUCGGUGGUUUGCCGAAGCCCAUCAUGCUGAAAGACAGGAGACAUUAUAUAAGGUUCUCGGUAUUGCCGAAAGCGCUGAAACUGGGACACAUCAAGAUUAAGGGAUUGGAGAGUGCGGACGAGACGUCAAGCCCAUCGUUAGAAGAAAACUUGGAUGUUAACGAACCCGCUUUACCCAUUCCGCAGAGGGCCAUGAAAGCCUAUGAUCCUAAUAUUUCCCCAGACAAUUCCAGUUCCAGUAAUCUAUUCCAGAACGUACUGCAACAACAGAAUCUUCAAAACCUCGACUUUUUGACAAAUGUGAUAUCAACAACCGAAGAAGCGUCAAACACCUACCAGGUCGAAUCGAACCCUCCUACUCAGCAACCCGAAAGUGCUUCGAACCCCACCAAUCUCUUCAAUCUGAGCAACAUAAAUGAUCUCUUCCAAAAGCUCGUGGCAUCUGGUAUGGUCACGACCAGUGCUACCAUUCCAGCUAGGGAAACGCCGCCCGUUCAGAAUCACAGGGAGAAGACGAGGCAUAACUUCAAACAAUCUAAGAAACACCCACCCCUUAAACCCGUAUCGUUCGAUAAACCCGAGCAGUUGAAAGUACGUCAGGGGGCGCUCUACGAAAAACUUUAUGUGGGUAUGCAGUGCAGCAGUUGCGGGAUGAGAUUUCCCCCAGAGCAAAGUCUUUAUUAUAGCCAGCAUCUUGACUGGCAUUUCCGUCAGAAUCGCAAGGGUAAGAAGAACGCGAGGGUUGCUUCUAGCAGAAAAUGGUACUAUUCUUUGAGCGAUUGGACCAAGUAUGAGGAAAUUGAGGAUCUGGAUGAAAGAGAGAAAAACUUCUUCGAUCAACAACAGCAAGCCGAGAACACGGCGGAAGAAGCCGCAGAAGAAACCGAGUUGCCGAGUGUCACGGCAGACCCAGAAUUACAAGACAUUUGCGACGUUUGCGGGGAUAAAUUCGAAAUAUUCUUCCACGAAGAUAAGGAAGAAUGGCAUAUGAAGAACGCGGUCAGAGAUGAAGAUAAAAUUUAUCAUCCCAUCUGCUACGAGGAACAUCAGCAAUCCCUCCUGAAAGCGGCGCUCGUGCAAGACGAAAUCGAGGACAAACAGGACACGAACGAAGUAGAACAAAUACCGGGCAUAGAGAUCGUCUUGGAUGACGAUGAAGAAACGGAAAAGACGGAAGAAGUUGUCGACGAGGUGAUAUUGGAUGAGAGCGACGAAUCCAAAUUGACAAACAGUGACGAGAAGAAGGAGGAACCCAUGGAAUACGAGGAUGAAGAUGACGAUGUGAUCAUCAAAGAAGAAACCAUAGAACAGAUCAUUUUGGACGACGACGACGAUAAACAAGACGACGAAGAAUUUUCUCAGCCCAGCCCACCGGAACCUUCGCCUUCACCCAAAGAACCGGCCGAAGUUAUCGACGAUGGCUUUGUGGAUGUGAAUGAAGGUUUAUUGAUGCUGCAGAAUGGCGGGCCUGUAAAGGUGAAGUCUGAGCCAAUUGAUGAUGGCUACAUGAUGGAUGUCAAUGCCUUUGAAACUUCAUUGGAAGAAGAUAAAUCAAGGGAAGUUGAAGAACCCAAAGAACCCGAACUGGACCAGAUCCAAACACAAUCUGCAUUUGUACCUUCCAUGGAUGGUAACCUGGAAAUGGACUCUAGUGCGCCGACACCUGUAGUUAGUAAUGUUUGUGGAAAGAUAAAAAUAAAUAUUCACAAACCAUUACCUGUAAUACCCCCUAAAACCAACAAUAAAGAUUUACCUUCAGAAAGUGAUACUCUACCUGAAAGUGUAAUUGAUCCAUCUCAACCUUUGCCACCUGGUGAAGAACCAAUCUUGUUGAAACUCAAACCCGCGCUACAAGGUGUUGAGCUUAAAAAAAUGCCGAAAGUUCAAAAAGGUUCAGAACUUUCAGGCAUGUGUACAAUAAUGUGAUUUUUUUUUAAAUUAUGUAUAGUGGUUACUUGUAAAUAUUGUUUAAUUAAGUUGUAAAUAUAUAAAUAUUUAAAUUUUGUGUAAAUACGUCCAUUGAUUUUUCUCAAGAAGAUUACUUUAUAAAUUUGAGCUAUCAGUAAAAUUGUUGUGCCGCUGAAUAACAUGAAUUAUUGUUGAUUUUGAAGGAAAUAAAUAUUUUUUCAAAUAA